AUGGCGUAGUCAGCAGGAUACCCGACAGUGAGAAUGUUGCCCUUCCAGAUAUAGUUGAUGUGUGCACCUUCUGGAGCUGCAUGGAGUGAUAUUUUUGAUAACCUAGAUGUGAGCACCUCUCCAGAAAGAUCACUCCAUAUACUGAAACUUAAGUAACGUUUUUCUGUGUGCGCCUCUUGGAGUUGAACGGAGUGAUAUAUAUAUAUACUUAAACGUGUGUACCUCUCCAAGAAGACCACUCCACAUUCUAAAACUUUUGUUGUUUGAACCAUUUUAUGUGUGUACCUCUUGGGGAAGUUAGGAGUGAUAUUGUUUGACUCAAACGUGUGUGCCUCUCCAAGAAGAUCACUCCGCAUAUUGAAACUUAAAAGGUGUUGAUUGAGCCUCUUUGUCUAAAAGGAGGAGAGAUUUAAGCAUUUGCAUUUGUUUGAUAAGUGUGCGCCUCCCUGGGGAGGUAAAGUUACUUGAGUUUUUGAAUAUGUGUACCCCCACCCUCCGUGUAGAUCUUUCUGCAUACUGGGAAAUGAGUGACAGUAUAGACACUAUGAAAAGCGAAGAUGUUUUAUUUGACCUCUUAGAAAAGCAUGGUGCUCGGCCCUCGUUAUCAGGGGUGGACUGGGCACGACAGAACUGGUAUAACUUGCAGAGUGUUUCGGACCGUAUUAGUGUCCUACAAAAUGAGGCUCGUACCCGAGCCGGAAAGGGAAAAUCGUUUAUUUGUGCAUUAUUGGGUUCUGCUCUGGUUGCAGCCACAGAGUUCCGAGACCAACAGCUUAAGGCAGAAGCGCAAACUAUAGAGUCGCUGCAGGAAUUGGUCAAGACUCUGCAGAAACAAACAGAGGAACUCAAAAGGCAAUUAGAAAAUGAAAAACAUGAUGCAGCUCUCUUACUAGAGGCUCUGAAGGAACAGUUAAGGUGUAAGGAUAAUUGUGACAUCGUCGUCCAUAGUUUGCCUCAAGAAAAAAUCUAUCCUCUAGAAGGACUGAGAGAAAUGAAGGCAAGGCUAGACAAGUUAGAGACCUUGCCAGUCCAGUUGUGUCCUUUGAUAAAAACUGAAUAUACAUUUGAUAACAGUGAGGAUCUAGACCCUCAAAUGAAUGUUAAAGAAAUUCCCUCCUCAGCAACUGAAUUAGCAAAACUGAAAAGAGAUUUUGGCCGCUCUCCAAAGGAAUCAGAGACAGAGUAUGUAUUGAGGGUUAGUCUCUCUGAUAGAGACCAAAUACUGUUAACAGAAAAGGAAGCGGAAGGAUAUUGGGAACCGGGAGUAUUCUUAACUACUGGCAACAAUCAUGCUCCCUGGUCCUUAACGCAGAGGGCCGCCUAUUGGGCAGGUGGACUUAACCCUCUAGAAAAAGGAGACCCUCUUGCCAUUACCGGGACCGCUUAUCAAUUAGUAGAAAGUGUUCAAAAGGCUGCUUGUCUCCAAAUGAUGUAUGAUAGAAAAUUGCAGCCACACCAUGAAUCACCUAUGUUGAUGCCGGUUGAUCCUGAGAGGAUGACCCCUUUAAUUAGGGGACUUCCAGAAUCGUUAAAACCUAUAGGUAUACAACUUCAAGGAAAAAUACAGGCUCUGUCUCAGGGAGAAAGAUCCCGGGCAGCAUUAGAAAGAACUGUAACCUCUAACCAUCUGCAGUCAGGAUACAAAGUGUGGACGUGGGGGGAGGUUGCUCAAGAGUUAAUUAACUAUGGGAGAAAAUAUGGGCCAGUGGUUUCUUCCACCACUAAAUUCGAGCCAAGGGGUGUGAGGCUUGCAGCGACCAGGCUUGCCCCCGGGCCACCUAGCCCAAGACUCAUUGGAACUAAAAGGGUCUUGUUCUCAGUGAAACCAAGUGGGCGAAAUAUAGAUCAUAAACGUAAUUGUCUCUGGAUGCUGGGCCGGCAGAAGGGCAUUCUGCAAAAACUGAUGGAUGGAUUACCCACAGACAGGUUAGAAAAAUUAGUUAACUGGUGGCCGGAACAAAAGCUCAGGAAGCUUGAGAAAAACAAAGUCUUGGGUCCUAGUGCCUCUCCCGAGGAACCCGAACGGCUACCCAAGCCACUGGAAAACUGAUGCCUUCGCCCCUCUCAAGUGAGCAGAGGGGGGCGAAGGGUGGAUGCAUUAGAAAGCUCACAACAAAGGGAAACAAUCCUCUAUUUAACGCCUUCUGUCCUAAGGCCCCAUCACUCUUGCCCAUUACCCCUGUGAGUCACGAUCCAGAUAACAGAUAAGCUAGGGAAACCCUCUUAUCUCCCUGGCCAGCCCGUGCUGGAUGACUUAGCUAACGUGGGGCCAGUUCCCUUAACCGUAAUGGAAUCCCUUAAUAAAUAUGUUUGGAAGGCUAAGGACACCCAGGAAAAGGAAUAAAAAUUAACACUUGCUGAAUUGUUCCCUCAUUUUUAACCAUAUUAACAAAGCCCAAAAGGGGCAAGUCUGUGUCUUGUUUUAUUUUACAGAAGAUCCCCGUGGGACCAUGAUUGAACACAGAAAGCCCAACUGUUGACUCGAAUCAUUUGAGUUUUGUGACAGAAAAAUUGAAGAUUUGACCAUGCUAGAAUGCUGAAUAUAUCUCUUGAUUACAUUAUGUAUUUUGGUUGCAGUAGUAUUAUGUUUUGUGUUGUUGUGGGUGAUUGAUAUCAAUCCUUAGAUCUGUUAAACUUCACACUUGGAUUCUGAAUUUUCGCAGGUCAUCCUGGCUUACUGACACUCCCUGCACAGUGAUACCAUUCUUUUUGACCCCUUCUUUCACCCCUUUUUUAUCAAACUGAUUAUGAUUUGCAUGUAACUCCUCGAUGGUGUUUCCAACCAAGUAACAAACUGGGAAAUGAACCAAGGGACCCAUCUAAUAUCUGUUAGAUGUGGUCACAAGAGAAACUCAUCAUAACGCCCUUUGCAAUAUGAUGUUACUAAUGCCUUUCAGUGACAGAGAGUUGUUUAUUGUAACACCAGUCCAGGAGUUCCAUCCAAAACAUGGUUGUUGGAAAAUGUCUAAGUUUUGAUAAGAGAUGUGUAUGUUUCUGAGAUUACCCCUCUUAUGUUUUAUAUUGUGGGGUACGCUAUCGUGUGAAAGGUCUAUAGACUAUAAUAAUACUUGAACUUGCC